AAAAGGUGCGCAUCACAAACAAGGCUGAUCAGAGAUGGAAAAAUCGAUAAAAAUAGGUUUAUUGCAAAUCAUGUUUUAGCAAAGCAGCCUGAAAGAGCAUGCGUGCAUAUAAUCUACAUACCUAAUUUUGCCCUGGAUGACGUUUCUUCCAUUUUCCCAAUCCGUUUCACGUUGCUUUUCCUAUAGGGGCAGGUGUAAGUAAUUUCGAUAGCACAUCCGCAGAGCUCGUGCAUCGGAUCUGGAAGAAUGUCAGGUCCUUCUUUUCUGCCUGUUCUCUGGAUGCGAACCUGAGUCCAUUCGCGCGGACGCCGUCUAUCCAUUGACUCCUGGCAUGGCCCGCACCCAGAACGGGAUUCCCCUGUUUUUGGCCAAAUUAUGGCGGAUGGUGAACGAUCCAGCGACGGAUAAUCUGAUCAGCUGGAGCGCCGAUGGUAAUUCCUUCAUCGUUCCCGAUCGAGACAGUUUCGCCCGUAAACUCCUCCCGCAGUACUACAAACACAACAAAUGGAACUCCUUUGUGCGCGUACUGAAUAUGUAUGGAUUUCGCAAGGAGAUCAGCGUGGAGUCCAGCGGUCUGCAGAGUGGUCGGGAUGAUGAGGAGUACAAGCAUCCCUGCUUCCGACGCGAUAGCGAACAUUUACUCGCCAGUAUUAAGCGAACGCAUUCUAGCGGUCAGAAUGCCGGGCGCCUGGCCGGUGUGGCAAGUUCCAUGGCGCUGGAGAACGGCUUGCCGGCCAACUCUCUGCAGGCCAUCCGGGCGGGAAGUGCGGUGGCCGGUGUGCAAGAGGAGCAGGUCAGUCGGGUGUUGAACGAUGUGCGGACACUGCGCAGUAAGCAAGAGUCCACGGACGCCAAACUGGACAGUCUCAAGCGGGACAACGAGCGCUUAUGGACGGAGAUGCAGGAUCUGCGAGCCAAACACCAACACCAGCAGAAUGUCGUUAACAAGCUGAUCCAGUUCUUCGUGACGCUUCUGCAAAACACAGGCAAUCUGGCCAGCACUCUGCGGGCCCCGGCGCCCCAGUUAGCCAUCCAGAGUCUGACGGCGGAGACUCAGAAUCCGCCGACGAAACGGCGUCGCCUCGCCAGCGACAGUAAUGCCACCAUCCCGGUGGAGAACGGUGAUCACCCGACCGGCAGUGAGGACUACGAAGGGCCCAUCAUUCGCGAUGUAACCGACGCAUGGACUGCAGCCUACAAUCAGCAGACGCCGGUGCAGGUUGACUGGGAUCGUCUGCUAACCAAUGUGGGAAACGGGCAGAUCCUCAACGGUCUGCGUAACGCCGCCAACGCAUCAACUAGCGCUCUGCAGCCAGGAGAGCAGCAGCCUCUCUUGGCAGGUAUUGCAGCCCAUCCUGUUCUGCAGCCGUCGCGUCAGGUCACCUCCAGCCCGGCCGUGAAUCUCCUGGGCAGUGUCGCCGCCCCCGUGGGUGGUGGCCUGACUGCUACCCCUACUUUGAGUGAGAAGAGUCUUUCCCCACCGCUAAUCAGCUCGAUACUCCCUGUCUCCGCCCCUCAUCACGCACCCCACGACAAUAACGCGGCAGUCUUGCACAUGCUUCUCUCUAACCUGCUCAAGUCACUCCCUGGUCCCGUCCACGACAGCUCUGCUCUUGCAGGUGCCGUCCAGCCGGUCGUUAACACCAACACUGCCGCCGGGCAGCCGGUGAUCUUGGCCACACUACCCACAGCGCCCCUCGUCGUGCCCAGUAAUCAGCAGAUGGCGGUGCAGCCGCGCAAUCAAGCGGGACCACUGGUGUUGCCCCCUAAUACAACGGUACUGUCGCUUCCUUUGGGGUCGCUCUUGCAGUUGGUGCAACAGCAGCAGCAGCAACAACAACCCCCAGCGCCCGUCGCGACGGCGCCGGGGCUGGUUAGCGUGGGGGUGCCGACGCAGCGCCCGGAAUAUACCAUCCAGUAUCCGGAUAGUCCCAUGUCGGCGCCCUCACCUGCUCCUUCCAUUACCAUGACAAAUGUUGGGAGCGGCGGACAGCUGCUGCCGGGAUAUGGAGCAUCCACUAGUGCCACGGCACCUAUUCAAAGUUCGGAAAUGGCCCAGCAGAUUGAUACGGUGCAGUCCGGCCUGGAUUCUAUCCGUGAUACCCUGGCCAGUCCCGGUUUCACACAGCUGAUGGAUCUUGACCAGCUACUGCAGCUCUUUUCCGAACCGGAACCAGAAUCAAACACGGUUACUAUACCGGGACAUAACGAAGGCCUUCAAGGGGUCCAUGAUGGUGAACUGCUGGAGACGCACCCAGAAGAUCUUUUGGGUGACUACGCCUUUCCCUCGGGAGACAUUGAGGGCGUGACCAUACAAAUCCCUGCUUAUCAGGAGGACGGCGGCGCCACCGCCACCACGGAGAUUCCCCUGGUCAGCCAGUCGCCGUUGGGCGGGAAGAGCGUGGGCGCGGCCAAACGGAAGCGCCGCAAUUGAUGCUCGGCAAGGGUUGUUUAAAAUUUUUAUAUAUAUGUUUUGCAAUUUUUUCUUUUCUCUCUCUUUCUCUUUCUUAUAGUUAAACUAUUUGUAUGUUGACUGACUAAACGUAAUAGUAUUUUUAACUGCGGAUCCUUCAAAUGUUAUGAUUAUCGGUUUUUGUCUUAUUUUGCAAUAUGCGGUGUGCUGUUUUUACCGAAGCGCUAGUGAUUAAAGCGAAAAU